ACCACCCAUUAACACUUGCGAAAUCGCCUAUAACCACUGCUCCCUGUCGCCCUCUCCCCCUCUCUCUGUUACCUGUUUCCUAUAGCUUCAUUCCCUGUGGUCACUUUCUUUCUCUUUCAUUGUUUCUCUACAUAGUUAAGAUUUGUAGAGGCAACAAUGUAUCAACCAAACGGGGAAGCCCAACAGAAAUCAGCACCUCAAGGAGCUGCUGCACCAUAUCCAAAUGGGAACAACCACCAGAACCUUAAUGGCAACAAUAAUGGUAUUAACACUACUAUAGAGCCAUGGUCCACUGGUCUCUGCGAUUGUUUCAAGGAUCCUACAAAUUGUCUCUUCACCUGGUGUUGCCCAUGCGUUUCCUUUGGGCAGAUUGCUGAGGUAGUAGACAAAGGAAACCCAAGUUGUGUGGUUGCAGGGCUGACCUGGUACGCGUUGGGAAUAUUUGGGUGUUCAUGCCUCUAUUCAUGUACAUAUAGAACCAAGCUGAGGGCAAUGUAUUCGCUGCAGGAAGAUCCAUGCGCAGAUUUUCUUGUUCAUUGUUGCUGCAUGAGUUGUGCCCUUUGUCAAGAGUACAGAGAGCUCAAGAUCCGUGGUGUUGAUCCUUCUAUAGGUUGGCAAGCCAAUGGUGACAGGUGGAACCGAGCUGCUGCUACAACUCCCCCAACUGCUAAUCCAGGCAUGACUCGUUAGGCUUCUAGGAACAAACUACUGCAUCAGUCAUGAACGUUAGGGCUUUGGGUUUUUUGUUAACAUUCUUGUAACCUAUUUCAUCAAUGUUGUAUUUCUAGGUCUGUCUGGGUCUGAGUUGUAGUUUUAUUUGAAGAUUUUUUUUUAUUUUUUUUUUUUUAAUGAAAGAAAGCUUGUUACUUUUGUA